AUGGACCCCAAGGUGGGCGGCGGCUUCGGCGGCGAGGAGGAUGACUGCGUGGACUCGGGCGCCGAGACUGGAGGGUCUGACUACAGCCACAUGUCCUCCGCUAGCAGUGAUCUCUCUGUGGAAGAGGCUCAGGACCCGUUCCUGGUCAGCAUCCACAUAAUAGCAGACCCGGGAGAAUCCCAGCACCUGCAGGAGGCCAUUGGCAAGGUCUUGGCUUGGAUUCACCCAGACCUCCAGCUCUUCCGAGUCUCUGAGAGGAGGGCUUGUCGGAGGCGGAAGAAGGUCCCGAAAGCUGCGCAGCCGGCCCUGGCGGUGGUUCUCUUCCUGCAGGAGGAGUACGGAGAGGAGCAGAUCCUGCAGCUGCACGGCACACUGCAGCGGCCGCCCUGGCACUUCCACCACACGGAGCGCGUGCACGGCCGCUUCCUGCCCUACCUGCCCUGCAGCCAGGACUUCUUCACCCUGGCUCCGGGGACCCCGCUCUGGGCUAUCCGGCCCGUGCACUACGGCAAGGAAAUCGUGCGCUUCACCAUCUACUGCCGCCAUGAGAACUACACCGACAUCCUCAAGUUCUAUGAGCUGAUUCUCAGGCGGAGCCCCAGCCAGAGGAAAACGGACUUCUGCAUCUUCCCCAUCUUCUCCAAUCUUGAUGUGGAUGUCCAGUUCUCUCUGAAAAGACUACCCUGCGACCAGACGCCAGUCCCCACCGACUCCUCCGUACUGGAGUUCCGCGUCCGGGACAUUGGCGAGCUUGUGCCUCUCCUGCCGAACCCCUGCAGCCCCAUCAGUGAGGGCCGGUGGCAGACGGAGGACCACGAUGGAAACAAGAUCCUUCUGCAGGCACAAAGGGCGCACAAGAAGGUUUUGAAACCCAGCAGAGCUCACCACUCGGAGGAAAAGAAAUCUCCUGUUUCCUCUCCAAGCAGCACAGCGCCAGCGCCAGCGGGCCUGCCUCACGGGAAUCAGCAGGGAUUCACCAGGCGUGUGGCCAGCCCUCCCAGCCACCCCUGGUCUUUCCAGAGAAGCAAGUCUUUGUUUUGUUUGCCCCUGGGAGGCCCCUCUCCAGGCUCCAUUGCUGAACCACAGUCGCUGCCAAGCACAGGUCCCCUCGGGCACAGGGCAGCAGAGUGGAGGCACGGCCAACUCCUCUCCAUUGACGACUUGGAGGGAGCUCAGGAGACCGAUGUGGACACGGGUCUGAGGCUGUCCUCCUCAGACCUCUCUGUGGUCUCUGCCUACUCGGCACCCAGUAGGUUUUGCAGCUCUGUAGAGACACACCACCCCUCAGACACAGGCGGCAGCUGCUGGCCCUCACACAAGGAUUCCAGGGAGGGACUACUGCCCACUGUGAGCACAAUGACCCCUGAGCACUCAGGGUCUUCCCUUCCUUUCUUCACCAAAGGGUCUUCCAGCUCCUCAGUGGCAUCCGUCACUGUCUCCUCCUUCACAGAGUCAUCCCAGGAGCCCUCUUGUGACAUUUCUAGCAGAGACAUCCCACCACCCCCAGCACUGGCUGGUCCUGGAGAUGGAGAAAUGGAGGAAUUCUACAUCUGA